UAGGUUAAUCUUCACACGUGUACGUAUAUGAGUGGCAGAUCAGUGUCAACUCAGCGCCUCCCAACAAACUAAAAUCUGCUUCGUCCCGGUAAAGUCGAGCUCAAGGGGCAAACUCGUAAAUACAAGAAAUUAUCAAGACCUCAUCAAGUUGUUAUUUCCCGCCACCAUAUCGUUACGCGAGUCUCACUCACUCGUCGUCACUUUCGUAAUCUCUCUGUAACUGAAACCAAGAAGGAGCUCUCUGAAACCAACGACAAUGGCCGCCGCCACCGUCGUACUCAUCCUCAUGCUCGCGAUCACCUUCUCUUCCUCCGCCGCCGCCGAAGCCGAGACGCACGCACCGUCUUCUUCUCCACCGGCUCCGAGUUGCUCGGAGGAGCUGGUUAUGUUCUCUCCGUGCAUCUCUUACGUCUCUGCUCCGCCAAACAACAUCUCAGAGACGCCGGAUCCUCUCUGCUGCACCGUUUUCUCCACGUCUGUUCGUUCCACCGCCGGAAAGUGCCUCUGCUAUCUUCUCCGCCAGCCGAUGACCCUCGGAUUCCCCUUGGAUCGAUCUAGAUUGCUUUCUCUUUCUCAGAUCUGUGCCGAGUUCAACAGCUCCGACGAAUCUUUCGAGUCUCUUUGCUCUCCGUCAGUGUCGCCUGAGCUUCCGCCGCUUCAGAGUAUCCAGUUCACGUCUCCCUUUGACUACGGUGAUCGAGACUCUGCCUCUCCUCAAUCGCUCGGCUUACCACCGCAAACCGCUAAGUUUCCACCAAGCUCCGAUCAAUUCUCGCCUGAUCUAGAUAACGUCUCACCACAAGCCAUCAUAAACGGCUCUAUAAUGAUCAGCAACCUGUUGCUUCUCACGACAACCAUCAUCAUCAUGACUUUGGCAACUUUUAUCCUUACUCGUAUCUGAAGCAAUUUGUUAA